AUGAUAUGGAAAAAACAUUUUUUCAAGGAAACCUGCUGCCAAUGUGGUGCUCCAGACACAGAAAUCCAAAAUGAGGAGCUGGAGAAGAGAGGAAAAGUAAGGAAAAGAAAGAAGAAAACUGAAAAUAAACGAGUGGUCAUCUCCAAUUUGCCCUUUGGAAGCAAGAAGUGGAAGGAAAAUCCAAACAGAUACUAUGACUCCAAUGAAAUUAAGACCACAAAAUAUACCAUCUUAACUUUCCUCCCUAAAAAUAUCUAUGAGCAGUUUCACCGCUUCGCCAAUAUUUAUUUUGUGUUCAUUGCACUGCUGAAUUUUGUGCCAGUGGUGAAUGCUUUCCAACCAGAGGUGUCUGUGAUCCCAAUUUGUGUUAUAAUGGCCAUUACAGCCAUUAAAGAUGCUUGGGAGGACUUCCGGAGGUAUAAAUUAGACAAAGAAAUUAAUCAUAUGAGAUGCUUCAUUUACAGCAGGGAGGAACAUGCUUACGUGGAGAAGUGCUGGAAAGAUGUCAGAGUGGGAGACUUUGUGCAGCUGCAGUGUAAUGAGGUCAUCCCAGCAGAUAUCCUGCUGCUCUACUCCUCCGAUCAGAAUGGGAUCUGCCACCUGGAAACUGCCAACCUUGAUGGGGAGACCAACCUCAAACAGCGCCAGGUUGUGAUGGGGUUCAGCAUCCAGGAUACUGUGUAUGAACCAGAAUUUUUCCAAAACACCAUAAUCUGCGAAAUGCCAAACAAUGAUCUCAGUAAAUUCAAAGGCUAUAUGGAGCUGCCAAACCAUGAACAGGUAUGUCUCAACAUUGAAAACCUCUUGCUUCGUGGAUGUACUAUCAGAAAUACUGAGGCUGCAGUAGGAAUUGUUAUAUAUGCAGGUCAUGAAACAAAGGCUAUGCUGAAUAACAGCGGUCCUCGUUACAAGCGCAGCAGGCUAGAGCAGCGGAUGAAUAUGGAUAUUUUCAUGUGUGUGGGACUCCUGUUUGUGAUGUGCCUUGUUGGAGCUGUAGGGCAUGGCAUUUGGACAGGAAACUUCAGGGAGCAUCCACCUUAUAAUGUCCCAGAUAGGAAUGGCAAUUUUGUGUCUCCAGUUCUUGCUGGUUUCUACAUGUUCCUGACAAUGAUAAUCCUGUUGCAGAUUUUAGUCCCCAUAUCUCUUUAUGUGUCAAUUGAGUUGGUCAAGCUGGGCCAAGUCUUCUUAAUUCACAAUGACCUUGACCUGUAUGAUGAAGAAGCAGAUUUGCCCAUCCAGUGUCGUGCCCUCACUGUUACUGAAGACCUUGGACAAAUCCAGUAUAUAUUCUCAGACAAAACUGGGACACUAACAGAAAACAAAAUGGUAUUCCGACGCUGCACUGUUGAUGGAAUUGAGUUUUCUCAUCAGGAAAAUGACAGGCGGCUGAAAACACAAAAGGAGCUGGAUUUAGACAAUGAGGAUUUUGCAAAACUCCAGAAUUACACUCUUCCUCCCAUGAAUCUUGAGAGAUCAGCCACUUAUAAACACAGCACCAUAAGACCUUUGAGGAGGUGCCAGAGCGACCAGGCGCGUUUUCAGGGGCACAGAAGGAACAGGUCAGUCGGUCGACGCGACAGCAACGGGUCUCAAGUGGCAUUCAGCAGCCCCAUUGAAAAGGACGUGAUUCCUGACAGCAGGCUGCUGAGGCGAGUGCGGGAGUCUGCCCUCCAGACUGAAAAUUUUUCUCCUUUUUUGCAUAAGAAGACUUCCACAUCCUUUACUGACUUUUUUCUUGCUCUUGCCAUUUGCAAUACAGUUCUGGUUUCCACAGCUACUGAGCCAAGACAAAGGGUCACAAUCCCACCACCAAUAAAAUCUUCAGGAAUCACCCUGGAGAGAAUUCAUCAGAUAUUUCAAAGGCUAAAAUUAGCAAGCCUUAGUCAAUCUUUUUCAUCAUCUCAGUCUAGUUCACACCUUGGUGCCAGCUUCAGUGCAAAGAACACUGAGGAACCUCUUGCUGUGCUGGAGAGUUGUGACAAUGAAACCAACUGUUCUGCCAGCAGUAGCGGCCAGGAACUCCAGGACAAGGGCAGUAUAGAUAUUGGUACUGCUUCCUUGGAUGAAGUUUUUGGGUCUGCAACUAACAGGUCUCCACCAACAGACUUUUGUUACGAGGCUGAGAGCCCCGAUGAAGCAGCCCUUGUCUAUGCUGCCCGUGCCUACGGCUUCAUUCUUGUGUCCCGGACACCUGAACAGGUCACUGUGCAGCUGCCACAGGGCACGCUCCUGACCUUUGAUAUCCUCUACACUUUGGGAUUUGACUCAGUCCGGAAAAGGAUGUCUGUAGUGGUGAGACACCCUCUAACCAAGGAGAUUGUUGUCUACACAAAAGGUGCUGACUCUGUAAUAAUGGACCUGUUGGACAGCUCUGCCGAAGGCGACAUUAGCACAAAGAGACUGAAAAGAAUAAAAGAGAGAACACAGAAGCAUCUGGACUACUAUGCCCAUGAUGGACUGCGAACUCUGUGCAUAGCUAAGAAGGUCUUGAAUGAAGAUGACUUUCAAAAAUGGGACAAUUUUCGUCGGGAGGCAGAGGCUGCGAUUGACAACAGAGAGGAGCUGUUAAUAGAGACCGCACAGCAUCUGGAGACCAAAUUCACCCUGCUAGGAGCAACAGGGAUUGAAGAUCGCCUGCAAGAUGGAGUACCUGACACUAUUGUGUCUCUCAGAGAAGCUGGGAUAAAAAUUUGGGUGUUGACAGGAGACAAACAGGAGACAGCAGUUAACAUUGCAUACUCCUGUAAACUUCUGAACCAAAGGGACACUGUCUUCACCAUUAACACUGAAAAUAAGGAAACUUGUGAAUCUCUCUUGAAUUUAACCCUGGAAGAGGUGAAGAAGAAUUACGAGUGCAACAAACUGAAGAGGAAAUUUUUUGGCAUCAUCCCAUUGUCUUUUUCAGUGUCUGAGACCCCCAGCCCCGAGUUUGGGUUGGUGAUUGAUGGCCAGACACUGAAUAUCAUCUUCCAGGGAGGGCUGGAGGAGAAGUUCCUGGAGCUGACACAGCACUGCCGCUCUGUGCUCUGCUGCCGCUCCACUCCUCUGCAGAAGAGCAUGGUGGUCAAGCUCAUCCGGAGGCAGCUGAAAGUGAUGACCCUGUCCAUAGGGGAUGGUGCAAACGAUGUAAGUAUGAUUCAAGCAGCUGAUGUUGGAAUUGGAAUAUCUGGCCAAGAAGGCAUGCAGGCUGUGAUGGCCAGUGACUUUGCAAUAUCCCGAUUUAAGCAUCUCAAAAAGCUCCUUCUUGUCCACGGACAUUGGUGCUAUGCUCGCCUGGCAAAGAUGGUGACUUACUUUCUCUACAAAAAUGUGUGCUACGUCAACCUGCUCUUCUGGUACCAGUUCUUCUGUGGCUUCUCAGGCAGCACCAUGGUAGAUUACUGGCAGAUGAUUUUUUUCAACCUCUUCUUUACCUCAGUGCCCCCUCUUCUCUUUGGAGUCCUUGAUAAAGAUGUUUCUGCAGAAACACUCCUACGUCUGCCUGAGCUGUACAAGAAUGGACAAAACUCAGAGAUAUACAACUUCUCAACUUUUAUUAUUACAAUGUUGGAUGCCUUCUAUCAAAGCCUCAUUUGCUUCUUUGUCCCCUAUUUGAUGUACAAAGACUCUGACAUAGAUGUGUUUUCCUUUGGAAACCCCAUCAACACCAUCUCCCUCCUGACCAUUCUCUUGCACCUGGCUCUAGAAAUGAAGACAUGGACUGUGCUGCAGCUGGUGACAAUGAUCUGCAGUGUGGCUUUAUACGUCAUCUUCUCGGUGAUCUACAGCGCCGUCUGCCUGGUCUGCAACCCUCCCACCAACCCUUACUGGAUUAUGGAGAGACAGCUCAAAGACCCUGUCUUCUAUUUACUGUGCCUUAUUACCCCUGUCAUCGCUCUCUUACCGAGGCUCUUUAUUUUUUCUCUACGAGGAACCUUUGGAGCAUCUCUUAUUUUGAAAGCACAGCAAGUAGAUAAACUUCCAAAGGGGCAACAGGAUCUUGAAAUCCAGAAACUAAGAUCAAGAAAAGAAGCUACUUCUGGUGCACCUGUGGCAUCACCUGCAUCUAAUGAUGACCUUGACCAAAGCACCAGCCACUUAUGUGUGUCACCAUUUCUACAUCCAGCAGCAGCCCUGUCUCACAGGGACAGAGAAGAUCAGGGAGUUUCUGGCUCUGAUCCUCUUGGGAGAAAGAUACAUGAGGAAGGCUAUUACUUCUUUAAUAGGUGGGCAGAGGAAGAAUCUGCUGCUACCGAUUCUUCAGCAGGGCCUUUCUUUGGUCAUCAUCCCCUUGUACCCAGCAGGGAAACAGCUCCUGGGCAGGAUGGUGGCAAACUGACUAAAGAUUAUCCCAAAAACUUUAAUUUCAGAAGCCACCGACGGUCACUGAGUGCAGUGACACUCUGA